AUGAAAACUGGAGACAAGUUCGAGAGAUUUUCAAGUUGUAGAGGUGUAGCUUUCGAAAUAAGGCCUCGUAACGAUCCAUUUUCCGUCCCUAAACCACCUACUAGUGAAGCUAAUUCCCAUGGUAGCAAUAGAUUUUGGCUACCAUGGGAAAAUAUUAGCAAAAAAAUCGUCCCAUCGUCUUCAUCUUUCAUGCAUCGAUCAAUGAGUCGUACUGGUAGUCAUUUUUGUGAUCUAGACAUAGACGCAAAUGAAGAUGAAGACGUUGAUACUCUGUCUUACAUUGAAAAAGGUUGUUAUGACACGCAAAUUCCUCAAAAGGGUUCAUCAGUACCCUUACCAUUUCUACCUCCUAAAACACUAAGCAAACGCGAAAAAAAAAAUAAUUUUUCAUCGCGAUUGUCCAUCAUCCUUCUUGAUCAAGGGUUGUUUACAGUAUACAAGCAAUUAUUCGCGCUAUCUUUAAUUCUAAAUAUGACUUUUUUAAUUCUUGCUAGUACGGGAAAUUUCCCAUACGCAAGAAAAAAAGCUGUCCUAUUUUCAAUUGGCAAUAUCUUUGCUUUGACACUCUGUCGAAGCGAAGCAUUUUUAAGAGUUGUAUUUUGGGUCGCGGUGAAUUGCUUGGGAUGGUCUUGGAUUCCUACACGAAUCAAGACUAUUGUUACGUCUUUACUCCAGUCACUAGGUGGAAUCCAUAGUGGUUGUGCAAUUUCAUCGAUUGCAUGGCUAAUUUACGCGUUAAUCCUAACGUUGAAUGACAAAGAAAACACUUCCCCUGAAAUCGUUAUCGUUGCUUUUGCAAUCCUUUCACUUCUCUCCCUCUCCUCCCUCGCUGCAUUUCCUCUCGUUCGACAUCUCCAUCAUAAUUUCUUCGAGAGGAUUCAUCGUUUCGUUGGAUGGAUAGCGUUAUCACUUCUUUGGAUUUUCAUUACCUUAACGGUUUCUUAUGAUCCUAAAACUAAAUCUUACAACAACGCGGAAAUUGGCUCCAAACUUAUCAAACAACAAGAAUUUUUGUUCACAUUGUAUAUAACGUUGCUAAUAGUCAUCCCUUGGAUGACUGUGAGACGUGUCCCAGUUAAGGUCACGUCUCCAUCAGGACAUGCAACGAUUAUAAAAUUCGAGGGAGGAGUCAAAGCAGGGAUAUUAGGACGAAUUAGUCCUUCUCCCCUCUCUGAAUGGCACGCGUUUGGGAUCAUUUCGGAUGGGAAGGAUGAGCACAUGAUGUUGGCAGGGGCGGUUGGUGACUUCACGAAAACCUUAGUAUCGAACCCCCCUAGCCAUUUAUGGGUACGACAAGUUCAUUUCGCGGGGUUGCCUUAUUUAGUAAACAUGUACAAUAGGGUUCUAGUGGUUGCAACGGGGUCUGGAAUAUGUGUAUUUUUAUCCUUCCUUUUGCAACCUAGCGCGGCUAACGUGUGUUUUCUAUGGGUGACAAAAGGGGUGGAACAAAAUUAUGGUAAGGAAAUAAAAGAGAUGUUAAGUGGGCAUUCGAAGGAGAAAGUGAUUAUACAUGAUACAGCCUUGUUAGGACGUCCAAACGUAUCAGAAAUGAGCGUUGAGACAGCGCGAAAAUGGGGAGCUGAAGUUGUAAUUGUUACUAGCAAUCCAGAAGGGAGUAGAGAUGUGGUUAAUGCUUGCAAAAAAUCUGGAAUUCCUGCAUUUGGUCCUAUUUGGGAUUCUUGA